GACAACAUGGAGGUCACAGCUUUCCGCAUCGCACUGUUGACUGUGAUGAUCCUGCUGUGUGCACACAAUCAGGAAGUUGAUGCAGCUUUUCUUCGUAUUGCUCCAAACAGACUGCAGUUUUUUGUAUAUGAGUCGGUCACUUUGUACUGUGAUGGAGUCUUUUAUUGUGAUGUUGAACAUAAGUCGAUUGGGGAGACACCUUCGUGUUGCACCACUAAUAACACAAUAUCAAGAGGACCUAACUGCACCAUUGAAAGAGUUUUUCAAGUUGACUCUGGAAAGUACUGGUGUGAGGAAGGAGGAGAGAGAAGUAACAUCAUAAACAUCAAUGUUCCUUCUGGUUCUGUGAUCCUGGAGAGUCCUGCUCUUCCUGUGAUGAAGGGAGAAGAUGUGACUCUCAGCUGCAGAACCAAAAUAUCUUCCUCCAACAUCCAAGCUGAUUUCUAUAAAGAUGGAGUCCACAAGUGGAGAAGCUCCACAGGAAAUCUGAUCAUCAAAACAGUCUCUAUGCUUGAUCAAGGAUUCUACAAAUGUCACAUCUCUGGAGUUGGAGAAUCAACACAGAGCUGGCUGUCUAUUGGAGCUGGUUCUGUGAUCCUGGAGAGUCCUGCUCUUCCUGUGAUGGAGGGAGAAGAUGUGACUCUCAGCUGCAGAACAAAAGAAUCUUCCUCCAACAUCCAAGCUGAUUACUAUAAAGAUGGAGUCCUCAAGUGGAGAAGCUCCACAGGAAAUGUGAUCAUCAGAAAUGUCUUCAUGUCUGAUCAAGGAUUCUAUAAAUGUCACAUUUCUGGAGUUGGAGAAUCACCACAGAGCUGGCUGUCUGUUAGAGUUUCAGGUUUUUCUACUGUUGUUACAGAAGAUACAGAAGAUCACGUAGACUCUAACCCUGAUUCCUCGUCCAGCAUAAGUGCACCAUGGAUCAUCAUCGCCGUCUUGUUGACACUUUUCUUGUUGGUCGUGGGACUACUGAUUUCGUUUGGCAGAUUUGCCUGUACAAGAGGCUCUGUACAGGCCAAUGCAGCUGCACCAAGCCAACCAAUAUAUGCUACUGUAUCAACGACCAGGAAGAAAAACGCAGCAGAAUCCAGACUUCAUUCAGUGACACGAGACCCUGUUGACUGUGACUCCUACUAUUCUACAGUUAAGUAUGUUGUUAAGCGCUCACUGAAAGGAGGAGCUCUGUGAUCUACAUGAAAAUCAAUAAGUGACACAAUUAGAGCCAGAAUUGUUGUUGUUACUGUACAAACUGAAAUAGAAUAGUUGACAUUCUUUUGACCUCACACUUGUGUUCUGUGUUAUAAAUUUAAACUAUUUUAUCAAGCUUGACAGUGUGUGCGCUUUAACCAACACAUCAGAGAGGUUUCAGUUUAUUUUCGUCAGGCAGGUUAACCAACUUGUUCCAUCAGCCUCGUCUGUUCAGUUUCUCACCAGAUGAACUCUGCUGCUGCUUCUAAACGUUCUGCGGUUGUUUAUGUAUCUGAAGGGGUUGUAUUGCUUUUUUAGGUUGUGGUCAGCGACGAGACGAGAAUUUCUUGUGAGAUUUUCAGAGAUGAGAAUAAA